AGUCGAAACGUCAGUUUAGUUCGUGUAAAAUCAUUGAUCGUUUCUUCUUGUUUAACUAGAGCACGUAUUACUUAACAGUGAUGACUGACUUUAUAGUUGGGACGUGUUUAUUUAUGUGCCCGGAGAAAGAGAGAUGGAUGAGGGAGAGAGAGGGCUUACUGCAUGCCUUCGAAGUUGACGAGAAAACAAAACAUCUAAAACGACCAAAAGCAGAUCCUUCAAAGACUGUAAAAUGCUUUAGUCGACCUGCAGCAGGGCAGCUCAUGCCAGAUACAAGUGAACUUCGACCGGCUUCUGUUCUAUUAUCGACUAUCAGAUAUUUGUUCACCAAUAUUGUUACGCGAGUCGAUUAUGACUGGGUAAUGAUUUAUGAUUUUGUAUUUGAUCGACUGAGAGCUAUUAGACAGGAAGUUGUUAUUCAAAGAAUACGAGGACCUCAAAGUGUUCAAAUCCUAGAGCCAAUUGUUCGAUUUCAUGUUUUCGCAGGCCAAAGAUAAAUAGUCAGCACCUUAUAGAGUGUCUUAAACAACUGCUCGUACUUUAUGAUGAACUUGAAGGACAAUCCCUGAUGUAUAAUCCUAAUUUUGAAGAAAAUAUCGAA